CCGCUUUAGGUUUCGGCUGUUCGUCGUCCGAGAGAAGUCCGUCCCUAAAAACUUCUUAAAUAAUAUUUGUGGCAAUAAUGCCUGACUUAAUAACACAACUUGAUUCGCGGUGAUUGUAAUGCGGGAGAAUCUUUAGCGGUAAGUUUUGUAGCUGAUGACGGAACAGUCAUCGCAGUAAUUGGAUAAUCGGUCAGAAAUGUGUCGGGUAACCUGUCAAGCGAGUGAUAUUUGUUUUGGUGUAUUCCGUAUGCGUGUAAAUGGUGCGGAGAAAUAACAGGUUCUCUGCUCAUUAAUCGGACAAGUGCGUAUUGUGGGUAAAUAAAUAUUGUGACGCAGAGGUUUCACUCAGAUUGGAUUGAAAAGGCGUCAAAAAACGGCUCUUGUCUCGAAUUUUAUCACAACCAAUCAUUCACGGUGUGUUAAUAAUUUAAACAAGCAAGUGCAGCUUUGUGCUAAUUAUAAACUAUAUAAUGGAGGACAGUGAUGUCAAGCAGGUUGAAGAAUCCGAGUCUAAUAACGAAUCUCCGAAUGACGGAAAGUCCGAUCAAACAGACGAGGCUAGCGUCGGUUGUGCACAUUACAAAAGAAAGUCCAAAUUCGUGACGCCAUGCUGCAACAAGGUUUAUACCUGCAGAUUUUGUCACGAUGAGCAAGAGGCCCAUACCGUUAAUAGGAAAGAAGUAACAGAGCUCAUCUGUGUCCUGUGCGAUACUCGUCAACCUGUGCAAGCUACUUGCCAAAAAUGCAAUUGCAGAUUUGGGAAGUACACGUGUCUAGAAUGCAAUUUGUUCGACGAUGAAGAUAAGAAUCAGUAUCACUGCGACGGAUGUGGGAUUUGCAGGGUCGGGGGACGCGAAAGGUUCUUUCACUGUGCCAAAUGCAAUAUGUGCUUACCAGUACAGCUGCAGAAUGGUCAUAAGUGUGUUGAAAAUGUUUCACAUGCGAAUUGUCCGGUUUGCUUGGAAGACAUUCACACAAGUAGAAUUCCAUGCCACAUUCCCGAUUGCGGACAUCUGUUACAUCGUACCUGCUUCGAAGAGCUUUUACAGUCUGGUCACUAUGCCUGUCCAACCUGCCAGGUAUCUCUGCUGGACAUGUCAGAACUUUGGAGAUUCUUAGACAACGAAGUAUCUCAAACACCGAUGCCUCCUGAGUACAGAGAUUAUAAGGCCGAUAUAUUGUGCAAGGAUUGUCACGAGGAGUCCACUGUCAAGUUUCACGUGGUUGGCUUGAAGUGUUUAAACUGCGGAAGUUACAACACAUGCAGGAUCAAAGGGUCUCCGUGUCCUGAUCCAGAAUCCUUGGAUGUUGCGGCUGGCGGAAGUGGUACAGGAGACGAGGAAAGUUCGCAAGACCAUGAUUCUCCGUAAUGUGAUUGGUUAGCAAUAUUUUUAAAUGAAAAGAUGCAGCUCAAAUUUUCACGAUACAGUACGUCAAAUUGAAAGCCUGCGUUAAUUGCACUCUCAAUAGUAGGGAACUGUGUGCAACGUGUGUGAUUUUAUUUGAACAACAUUGAAUGAGUAAUUGAAUAUAAUGAAUAUUCUGCAAGCCACAUGCAGCUAUUAAGUACCUAAAUUUUAAACUGUAAAAUACAUGCAUACUGUAUGUAUACUAUAAACACUUAGUCUUGCAGCUUACAUAAUUUAAUGCUGGACAGAAAAAUGUUUGUCAGAUUAUAAUCUAAGUCGACUUUCACGAUUUGCCUUCUUAAAAGCAACCGGCACAACAUCGAGGAAUGUUUGAAUUUAUGAAUAACGAUUCAUAACACAAAGAUUCUCUAGUUCGAAAAACGUAUUAUUACAUUUUGAAACGUACAUAUUUAUCUUUUAGUAAUUUUUUCAAUUAGGCAGCAAUUCUCGCUAUUUAUAAUAUGUUGUUAUUCUAUUUCGUAUUGAUUAACGUGCAGCGCAUUUAAGAUCUUUUAGAAAUAUGUAUAAUAGUAACCACCAUUGUAGCUAUAUAUGAAUGCCGGAACUAAAAUAAUCUAAAUACUGGCUUACCUUUAUUAGAGUUUCUCUUUAAUCAAUAUAUACAGCUGUAGGUAAUAUCUGUAUUACAAUUGGUAUUCCUAUACUCAAAUUAUACUAAGAUAUGUAGAACUCUGACGAGGCAUCGAGGCUUUAAGUUGAAUUGGAGAUUGAUUUUAUUAACUAAGACAGAGCAUAGAACAAAUGCUGUUAAUAAAAUAUAAUUUCGUCAAACAUUUGUCCGAAAGCCGACAAUAUGUAAAUACAUAUGUAGUACAAUUAAGUCUAUAAAAUUAGCAUGAGUAAUUUUCUCAUUGAUACCAAAAAGAAGUAGUUGUUUUGAUUAAUGAUAUAUUUUCUCUGCUUUUCAAAGCAUUGAAAAUGCCGUUAACUACAUGAAUGACGUUGUUUUGUCUUCAGAACACGUUUUGCUUAAUUUUAGUGAUCUAUUGUUAUGCAUUCCCUUGGCUUGCCAUUCCUAAUUCGGAGCAUUUGAACUAAAAUCAUGUUUCUUGUUAAUAUAAUUGAAGAAUUUCCAUCCAUGUGUUAUAUACCUAUAUUUUUAUUUCUCUAAUGUUAUGAAAUUGCUUUUGAGACAUUCCUUUUGGGCAUAAACCUAUGUUUAUACAUAUAGGGCCAAGUUGACCGGUUAUUUUUAUUCUUAUGCAGGUCUUAAUUAGUAGACUAACAAUUUUUAGUUAGAAAAUAAACAAUCUUUGUACUUUUUACGUUCCAAGACAGUAUCAAAUAAUCAAACUAUUACUGGGAAAUGAAGGUCACAGCAACUGUGCCUCUUAACCAGAUCACUAUCAUGUUUGAAAACCAGAUACACUGUGCGUUAAAUGUUGAGGUUUUCUGGCUGCCCCUGCAAUGUUGAUUUCAUCCAAUUGAUGUCACUUAUCUUGUGUACAAGACGCAGCUUGUAUUUCAACCCGUUCAACUUACACAACACAAUUUGAAUCACCGUCUUCUCCACACAGUUGGUUCUUGAAUAUUGUUGUUCCUUUACAAAAUUGGUCUUUUCGGAGUGAAAAUCACUAUUUCAGUGAUUGCGGAAUAUUAUCAGGGUAGAAAAAUAUUAUUUACCACAAUAAUUUGCCAGGGAUUUAUUUCUAAAAUGGUAAAUUUUACAUAUGUAUAAUUGCUGUAAAUAAAGAUGCGUGAUUGUUUAUCACGCAAGAAAUAAAGUGUGACAUGAAUCUUAAA